AUGCUCAGCGCAUUCAAGAUUAAGCCCUUCGACCUCGAGCCCACUUUCGCGUCCUGGCCUGACGCCCCUCGUUUCAUUGGGAAUGCGAAGAAGGAUCCCCUAGUGAGCGACUGGCUGGCCCAGAUCAAGGCGGGGUGCAUCGAGCGCAAAAUCCCGCGGGAUUAUUGGCACAAGGUUGGGCAGCAUUACUUGGGUCCGAAGGCGAAGGCGCGCCUCGACAAUGUAAAGUUGGUGAUGAAGAACAUGCACGGUGGGAAGUACAAGUGGAAUUGGAAGACAUUCAAGACUGCCAUGCGCAACAUGGGAUGGGACAUCGAUUCAUCCAAGACGGAGGCUAUCAAGGUACAGAGCAAGCCGUCAGGACUUUGGUGGAUCGUUGGACGAGGUGGAGACUCCGCGCCGCAAGAAGAGGCAUCGGCCUCUUCGAAGCCCAUCAGACCACCCCUCAAGUCGAAGUCGGCAUCAGAAGUCAUCACAACAAAGAGCCUCCCCGCUCCCAGGCGCUCGGCGACGAUGAGCUCAAUAGAUACGAUGUCAUCGAUCGCAACCUCCAUGUUUUCGAGGACCCCCAGCAAUCAGAGCUCCGCAAUCUCGACUCUUCCUAUCACUACGCCUUCCGAGACGCCCGGAGACACGUUAACAACAAUUGCGCAUGCGCCUCUCUGGCUCAUCAAUGCGUGUCAAUCGCUCGACUUCCUGACCAACGAACAUCCCAAAGCGAUGACAGCGCUCUCCGCCGUGCUGAUUACUGUGGGUUCGCUCCCCGCCCUUCCCGCCAUCUCCGCUGGCGCUGGUCCCGCGUUCCUUGCGACAAGCACUGCCCAUGCCCUCGGAUCUAUCGCCGUAGGCCUCGGGACGUGGCUGAAGUCGCAGAGUGACGGCCAAGUGCAAGUGACCGGUCCUCCCACCCCGCCGAAGUCAUGA